ACGGCCAACCGAACCUUCUUAUAUAAUUUUUUCCCCAAAAUAAAUCCCUUUUUUUCUCUAAUACGAUGUCGUUUCUCGAAGACUUUCAAGCUAGUUUGGAGCCACUGCCAAACAUUUUACAGAGGAAGUACGCAUUGUUACGUGACUUGGAUAAAAGUUUGCAAGACAUUCAACGGGAAAAUGAACUACAUUGCCUACAAGAAAUAGAUAAGUUUAAAGACGGAGUUAAAUCUGGAAAGAUUGCACCGGGUACUUCACUUAAUAAAUUCUCAGACGAAGCACAGGAUGAGCAGAGGCAUGCUAUCAGGAUUGCUGACGAGAAGGUUGCUCUCGCUGUUCAAGCAUAUGAUCUGGUGGAUGCUCAUAUUCAACAACUUGAUCAGUAUCUUAAAAGACUAGAAGGGCAGCGCCGUGUAACAGAAAAGGAAAAUGCUGCUGCCACUGGAUCUCCUGCUUUGAACGCUGAUGGCAAUGGGAAGCCUGUAAAAGAAGGUGGUAGAGGAGGACGGAAAAAGUCACGCCUUGCUGCUGUAGCUUCCACAGGCACAACAACGACCUCAAACCCACCCAGUAUGGACUUGGACCUGCCAGUUGAUCCUAAUGAACCGACAUAUUGUUUAUGCAACCAAGUGAGCUAUGGGGAGAUGGUAGCAUGCGAUAACCCUGAAUGCAAGAUUGAAUGGUUCCAUUAUGGUUGUGUUGGUUUGAAAGAGCAACCGAAAGGAAAGUGGUACUGUACCGAUUGCAGUGGUAUGCAAAAGCGGCGAAAGGGCAAAUGAAUUAGUAGAUUCUUUCGUAAUAUUGCAGGGAAGUAAUCAAAGAUCAGUUACUCAUAUUUGGUGUGAUGUGUAUUAGAUGUUCAAAUUAAUGUUUUCUGCUUCACUUUAUCUCAGUAUUAACAGUCAUCCUUGUUAGUAGAGGUUCACCAUUUGUAUGUUGACCAACCGAGGUGACAAUAUGAAUGAGCUGGAAAGGCAUAAACGUUUGUGUCAUGUGGAUUGGUUGGGCGAACCUGCAAAUACUAUGUCUUCUUUUAUCAAGGUUAUAUUGCUCAUGUAACAUCAUUCUUAUAAGGAUACAUUACAAUAGUCAUAUGCUUUUUUUAACAGCA